AUGAACGGAGGAGUAGGUCUAGCAACGCCAAGGGGAAGUGGAACGAGUGGUUACGUCUCACGAAAUACAGCUCAUCUCAAAAUAAGAGAAGGUCCACCUUCCGGUCCUUAUGGAAGCAGUGGUCAAGGAAGGUAUGGCGAUUUCGACGAUCCCAAAGGUCCUCCAGUCCAUCGAGCACCGGAUGCCGGUAUACUAGAACAUGAGAGAAAACGAAGGGUCGAGGUGAAGGUGAUGGAAUUGAGGGACGAAUUGGAGGAGAAAGGUCUAGACGAAGAUGCUAUCGAUGAUGCAUGUGAAGCAUUACGGGCAAAGCUCUCCGCCGCCAACCUACCUGGACCUCGAAGUAGACCGACGGACUCCCAUUCUAUCGCUGCUGCAAAGCAGGCAGAAAUGUCUCGUAUGCAACUGGCCUUAGGUGUAUCUGCAAAUCAUGUAGAAGGAAAAGCGUUCCAACGUGAGAGCGAAGAAGAAAGAGCUGCCAGAUUAGCUGAGCGAGAAGAGAGGGACCGGGCGAGAGUAGAAGCGGCUUUAAAGAGAGAAAAGGAAGCUGAAGCGAGGAAGAAGGAAUGGGAGGAGAAAGAAAAGAUCAGGAGGAGAGACGAAUAUAGACGACAACAAGAAGGUUCAAAAUCCCGGCAAAGAGAAGUCUCGUCACCACCACCACGUCGUCGAGAUGAGUCUCCUAGACGAAGACGACGAUCUUUAUCCGAUUCACGGUCACCACCACCCGCGAGAAAGCGACAUUCUCCUUCUGACACUCGAUCACGCUCACCUGCUGUCCGACGCCGACAAUCCUCCUCUCGAGAACGAUCUCCCCCACCUCGUGCUGCUGCGAGAAGAUAUAGCUCUUCGCCACCUCGCGGUCGUUCAUCCACUUCUCGCUCACCACCCCCUACAAAAGCUCGAUUACCUGAAUCUAGGGAUAAUACUCGAACUAGGGGACGAAGCGAUUCAAGAUCAGUCUCGCCCCCAGUCAGACGAAGAAGGUAUUCAUCAGAUUCCCGUUCACCACCCCCAAAAAGAGCCAGAGCUGUCUCGCAAGAAAGCGGGACGCCGCGAAGUGUUAGAAGCUUGACACCAGAACCUAGUAAGAAGAGGGUUGAAGAGGUCAGUCCUAGACGUUGA